CGCCAUUUUGAGCCGUGUUCGGUCGUGAUUUCUCUCCAAUCUGAGGCGAAGUCUAACUUACAUCGACUUUAAACCUAUUCUGGACAGUUUGGAUAGACAGAAAAUUAUGGACUGGAGAAGCUGUGAGAUUCCUGUGGACGAGCUGCCAACCGUGCACCCUGGGAACGAGACAAGCAGCAGCGAGGACCCGGCAACAGACACGGAAGGACAGCAGGACAAGGAAGAGGACAUUCUAUCGGAGGAAACUUACGGGGCUAACUCUGUCCAUCCUCCCGUACAGAGUCAAACAGAACAGACAGACGGGCCUGUGAUGAAAUGGACUAUGGACAAACGCUACAAAUGUGAGCUGUGGGACUAUUCUACUGCAAUGAAAUGCCAUUUAGACAAACACAUGGCUAAACACACCAGAGACAAAACCUACAUGUGUAUGGAGUGGGGCUUUGGGGCGCCUGUUAGGUCUAGCCAAACCGUGCAUAUGAUAAAACAUGCAGGUGAGAAACCAUACAAGUGUGACCAGUGCGACUAUUCUGCUGCACAUAAAGUUAAUUUAGACACACACGUGGCUAGACACACCGGAUACAAACCUUACCUGUGUGGGGAGUGCGGAUAUAGGACAGCCGACAGGGCUAACCUAUCCGUGCAUAUAAGAAAACAUACAGGUGAGAAACCACACAAGUGUGACCAGUGCGACUAUUCUGCUGCACAGAAAGUCCAUUUAGACGAACACAUGGCUAAACAUACCGGAUACAAACCUUACAUGUGUGGGGAGUGCGGAUAUAGGACGGCCUAUAGGUCUAACCUAAUUAAUCAUAUGAGAAAACAUACUGGGGAAAAACCCUACAAUUGUAACCAGUGUGACUAUUCUGCUGCACGUAAAUCUAGUUUAGACAUACACAUGGCUAAACAUACCGAAGUAAAACCCUACAUGUGUGGGGAGUGCGGAUACAGGACAGCCGUCAGUUCUAACCUAUCCGUGCAUAUGAGAAGACAUGCAGGUGACAAACCCUACAAAUGUGACCAGUGCGACUUUUCUGCUGCACAGAAAGUCCAUUUAGACGAACACAUGGCUAAACACACUGGAGAAAAACCCUACAAGUGUGACCAGUGUCACUAUUCUGCUGCAAACAAAAGUAAUGUAGACCGGCACAGGGCUAAACACACCGGAGACAAGCCCUACAAGUGUGACUAUUGCGACUAUUCUGCUGCACAGAAAGUCAAUUUAGUGCGACACCUGGCCAAACACACUGGAGAAAAACCCUACAAAUGUUACCAUUGCGACUAUUCUGCUGCACAGAAAGUCAAUGUAGAGCGACACAUGGCAAAACAUACAGGAGACAAGCCCUACAUGUGUGGUGAGUGCGGAUUCAGGACGGCUUACAGGUCUGGCUUAUCCAGGCAUAUGAAAAAGCACAUAGGAGAAAGACCAUACAUCUAUGACAGUAUGAGUAAUGUAACUAUUCCGCUGCAUAGAAGCAGUAUUGAGACAAACACUUGGCUAAACACACUGCUUAGAAAUCCUGUAUGUGAAGUCAGUGCGGAUGCUAAAGAUAUCUACCCCACAUAGACAGAACCAUAUACAGGAAAGAAACCACACAACCAGUUCUGAUCUGUCAGACUUUUAGUCGAAUAUACAAGUGAAAAACAAAUGACCAGAUCUUCACACGGAUAACGUUCAAACGUGAUAAACCCUAUGUUUCUGGGUAUAGCGGAAACAGUGAUGUUGACAGCUUUUACAAUCUAACCCUAAGAGCAAGCAUACGUUUGAAAAACCAUUUAAAUGUAACUAGUGCGUUAUUGCAAAAAAUGUGGCUGACAUAUUUUUUAAGACUAAAUUGUUUUUUAUGUCACCGUAGACAAUGAUGAGAGUUUGAAUACUUUCCUCUCCAUAUGCUGUGUUUAUAAUGUUCUAUAUUACUCAUAUGUUAGUUUAAAAGUUGUCAAACCGUUGUUUAUCCGCGGAUUUAGAUAAUGUCCUUACGGACGUUUUUCCGCUUAUUGCUACUUUGUCUGCUAUAUAGGAUUCAACACCUGUUUAUUCUACAGUUAAUGCAUUCUUAGUAAAAGAGAGACAAAGAAAAAAAGACAAAGAAGGGAGAAAAUAUUUGGAUGUUGUAAUGGGCGUGAUAAAUAGCAACGAUUUGUUUGUAUCUGUGUAUAUAAGCUUAUUUUACAAUGUUCCCUAAAUGAAUACAAAUAAACAUGUACAGUCAGUUCAAAAAAGUUUAC